AACGUAUUACCGUUUAUAGGCAAUGAAGUUACAAGGAUAAAGACUCGUCACGGGGAUAAUACACUGUCCUAUAUUCCAAACAGGAAUUUGUGUUUUGUGACCAUUAGCGAGUGUGUUAUAGUGCUGUAAACAUGUACCGAUCAAUUUUAAUUGUUGUGCUUCUAUCUUUUCUUUCCUGUGUGUUUGCAACCACACCAAUUCCAACCCCACCAACUGCUACUUCAAACUCCACCAGCUACAAUGAAACUAGUGGGCAUUGCAGGGAAACAAACCCGGACGUUAAUCGCACCAGAAGUCUUGCACAGAAUUGUUUUAAAAGCAUUGUCUACGAUUAUCUUAGAUUGAUUAACCCAAUUCAAAUCUGCAGUGAUGUGAAUGACAUGGAAAUAAAUCUAAAAAAACAUAUAGAGACCGUGAAAAGUAAAUGCCACCAUGCGCUAAGGACUAAUCCAACUAUCAUUUUGGAACUUCUUAGAUUAAGCUUCAAGGACGACAAAUUUGAAGAGGUCUACAGCGAUGUCAAAUGCAUUGACGAUCGGAAACCUGCCAUAACAAAGUGCAUAAAAGAUACAGUUGGGUCCAAAGUGAUUGCGUCUUUAAAUAAAACCCAAAAGCACUCUUCUUGGAUUGAUAAAUCUCAAUUACUUCCCUCGAAUUGGAGCUGUGAUAAAGCCGAUGAAAUAAAAACAUGCGUUGCUAGGACCCUGAAUGAAUGCAAACCUACAACUCGACAGUUCGUGGAAUCAUUAUUUAACAUCUCAAAGAGCUCGUGUCCCAAAUUAAAUGGAUCAGCAAGUGCAACAACAAACUCUGAUAAUCAGAAGCCAAUCAGUGCAAUUAUAGGAAGUACAACAGGCGUGCUUAUUGCUGUACUCGUAGCUGUGGUAAUCAUUGUUAAAAUAAAGCGGUCAAAAUAAGAAACAUUAAAAAGAUUUUAAAUCUGAUUAUAAUUUAUUAUAAAAUCAUUUGUUAAAAAAAAAGACGUAUGGGGAUGCUAGUCGAGACGGUUUGGCACCUUUUUUUAUUAAUCUUAUAGUUUUUACAAAUAUAAUAUAUAAAAUAAUCUAUUUCAUUCUAUUCUAUUUAUUAAUAUUCGAUGACCGGCCGAAUUGGCUGACUAUCUCCAUAGUUCAACCUAACUACUUAAUUAGUAAUAUUAUUUAUUAGGGCUAUUAAAAAUACAUAUAAUAAAUGCAAGAAGAAUUCGGUGCGAUUCUAUAACAUAGUACUCUAGUUGUUAUUGCAAUGGUAUAAUAGCAUGAUAUAUAUGAUAAUUAUAUAUAGAUCAUAAUACUUACGGUCGACUGAGUAUAACUGAGUGUUUUAUUUCUCUCUGUAACGACCAUCCUCAAGGUUAUUUUAUUAAAUAAAUGUUCUACAAAGAA